UCUCUUUCUGUUUCUCUCAAUAUUCCUCCCAAUUUUGCCGACGAGAAAAGAUCAAAGAUCAAAUUUUUCACGGAAAACCAACCCAAACCCUUCACAAUCGUCAUACCAAGAUCUUAAAAAUCCCAUCUUUGGUUUGUUAUCCCACUUUAAAUGUUGCCAUUCAUUCUUGUCCCACCAGAAAUCUCCCCCAAUUUUGUUUUUCUCAAUAAAAAUUGAAACUUUCCCUUCCUCACAUUCUUGAUUUCACCCCCAAAUUUUUGUUAUUUGGGCUCCACUGAUUAGUGGGCAUCUCUCAUCUCAGAUUUUGAUAUCAAUUUUGGGUCUUUGUGGGUUGUGACAUCAAUUUUGGGUCUUUGUGGGUUUUCGUUUAAGCAUUGUUGUUGGGUUUCAAUUAGGAAUUUGGGGUUUUUAUUAAUGGGAUUUGGUGGAUCCAAGGAUUGCAUGGUGGAGAAGUGGGCUCAUUAGGGGAAUAGGGAGCUUGGGUUGAAUCGGGGAUGAGGUAAUUGAGUUUCCCAGAAGAGGAAUUUGGAUCAUAGUUUGAAGGAGUGAAGUGGGUUUCGGGUUUUGAUUGGGGGAUUUAGAUCAUGGAGCAUGUUAUUGGAGGCAAGUUUAAGCUGGGGAGGAAGAUCGGCAGUGGAUCGUUUGGGGAGCUGUAUUUGGGGAUUAAUGUACAAACUGGAGAGGAGGUGGCUGUGAAGCUGGAAUCGGUGAAGACAAAACACCCUCAGCUUCACUAUGAAUCAAAGUUGUACAUGCUUCUUCAAGGAGGAACGGGUGUACCCCAUCUUAAAUGGUUCGGAGUCGAAGGUGAAUAUAAUGUCAUGGUUAUUGACCUUCUUGGCCCAAGCCUAGAAGACUUGUUCAACUAUUGUACACGGAAGUUCUCUUUGAAGACUGUUUUAAUGCUUGCGGAUCAAUUGAUAAAUCGAGUGGAGUACAUGCACUCGCGGGGAUUUCUUCAUCGUGACAUAAAGCCUGACAACUUCUUAAUGGGUCUUGGGCGUAAAGCCAAUCAGGUAUACAUCAUUGAUUAUGGCCUUGCAAAAAAGUAUAGAGAUCUUCAAACGCAUAAGCACAUACCAUACAGGGAAAAUAAGAAUCUGACAGGAACAGCUCGCUAUGCAAGUGUUAGCACUCACCUUGGUGUUGAGCAAAGCAGGAGAGAUGAUCUGGAAUCUCUUGGUUAUGUGCUUAUGUAUUUUUUGCGGGGAAGCCUUCCCUGGCAGGGCUUGAAGGCUGGUACCAAGAAGCAGAAAUAUGACAAGAUCAGUGAAAAGAAGAUGGUUACUCCUAUUGAGGGUCUAUGUAAAUCAUAUCCAUCAGAAUUUACAUCUUAUUUCCAUUAUUGUCGCUCAUUACGCUUUGAAGAUAAACCAGACUAUUCAUAUCUGAAGAGACUAUUCCGAGACCUUUUUAUCCGAGAAGGUUAUCAAUUUGACUAUGUAUUUGAUUGGACAAUACUGAAGUAUCCACAAAUUGGCUCCAGUUCUAGGUCACGACAAGCAAGUGCGAAACCAGCUUUGAGUCCUGGACCAUCUGCAGAAAGAACAGAAAGGCCUUCAGUGGGACAAGAUUUUCGAGAUAGAUUCUCUGGUGUGGUUGAAGCUUUUUCUAGAAGGAAUGGUUCUGGGCAUGGUUUACCUGGUGAUAACUCCAGACAUAGAUCAACUGAUGAUGUGCCAUCAUCCAAAGAUGUGCAACAUGAUUCAGAAAGAAUCCGCAGUUCAUCUAGAAAUGGCAGCACCUCAAAGAGGCCUGUCGUAUCCAGCAGUAGGCCAAGUUCCUCUGGUGAGCCCAGCGAGGGCCGGUCAAGUCGGCUGGUCUCAAGCAGUGGUCGCCUGUCGACCAUUCAAAGAACACCUGGGUAUGAAUCAAAAAUGUCUUAUACUCGCACUUCAGCUGCUAGAGGCAGUCGUGAUGAUGCACUUAGGAGCCUCGAGCUCCUUUCUAUCGGUACAGGGAAGAGGAAAUAAAGUCUGAAUCUAUCGACAGAUGAAAUUCCCGCCUCAAUGUACCUUUGUAGUAUCUAUCCCAUGAUAUCAGUACUUCAAUGGUUUUACCACAGUUGCUCUGCAUAUGUGUACACGUUGGGUUCAUUCAUAGUUGAAAAGCUCUGAAGUUUUUUCUUAGAAGAACCCAUCAUUACCACCUCCAUGGAUUCUUGCCAUUAUGCCUCCUCGGUUACUCACCCAAGAAAGAGAUUAAUCUUCUCACUCAAGGGAGUUGUUUAUAUAUUUGAGAAACUUGUAGCUGUAAUAAAUACCGCCUUUCUGAUCUUUUUCCAAGGGAAAUAAAAAUAUGUUAUUAAGCUCUA